AUGUCCUCGGCCGCUUUGCAGCCUGCCCAUCAAACACCAGCUUUGGCACCUCAUUUAGUCGCUGCCACUUCGAACAACCGUCAGUACACGUUGGAUCAUCCCUCACCGACCCGCGAGGCGUACAAUGCCAAUCUGCAAAACACGACUGCCUCUCCUGCAUCUUCACACCGCCCCUCGAGACGACCGAGCGGAACCGGCGCGUCUGUAAACAGUCCGGACCCAGUUUCGCCCAUGACGUCCCGAGCUGCCCCCGCCAGUCCCAUCGCCGUCGCGCCCUCCUCCCCAGACUACCAAUCUUCAUCCUCCGAACGUCGAAAAAACAUGCCCCCUGUCGCCCCCCCUCGAACGUCUUCGACGAACUACUCGGGCGGUACUACUACCACCGCUGCCUCAAAAAGACGCGACCACACAGCUGAAAAGGCCGCCUCUUCACCGCGACGCGGUCAACCUGACGGCACCAACGGCAAUGCCGAUCAUAGCUUCUCAGACGACACUGCUGGCUCACGCAGCAGAAGAUCGUACCAGCAAAUGGCACCAGAUUCUCCUCACCGCUCGAGCGGCAACCGUCCGGGAAGUCAGCCAACAGUAAUCCCUGUACGAUCACAUGCAGCGCCCCAAACGACCGCGCCUCCCAAGCAGCCCACACACGAGGGAAGUGAGGUUUUGAACAGAAUGGUCGUUUCUCAGCCGGAAGUCGAUGUCGCUCGCGAGAAAGAGCGAUUAGCAGAGUCCCAGCCUCAACGUGCUGUGUCAUCCCACGAUGAUGCCGCACCGCCCCCAAUUGGCAUGUCGGAGCACGAUGAUGGCAGACGAGGAGGCAGAAGUCGACAUGAUCAUUCUGGAAAGCGCGAUAAGGUUGUUAGGUUUGGCGAUUACAUUCUUGGUAAUACUAUUGGUGAGGGCGAGUUUGGAAAGGUUAAACUUGGAUGGAAACAAGAUGGCGGAGUUCAGGUUGCCAUCAAGUUGAUCAAGCGGGAUAGUGUUGGUAAUAACCCCUCCAGAUUGGCGAAGAUCUAUCGCGAGAUUGCCAUUCUAAGGGGUAUCUCGCACCCUAAUAUUGUUCGCUUGCAUGAGAUGGUUGAGACGGAGAGACAUAUUGGUAUCAUCCUCGAAUACGCAUCUGGCGGUGAACUGUUCGACUACAUCCUCAACCACCGCUAUCUAAAGGACAAUGCUGCAAGGAGACUCUUCGCCCAGCUCGUCUCUGGAGUAGGCUAUUUGCACAAGAAAGGAAUCGUUCACCGAGAUCUCAAGUUAGAAAACCUCCUUCUGGACCGAAACCGCAACAUCAUCAUUACAGAUUUUGGCUUUGCCAACACUUUUGAUGCUGACGAAGAGCUAUCUGAAGACGAAGAGUUGAAUCUGGGCGACCGCGAGUUCGUUAAGAAGUUGGGACUGGACAGGGUCAAGACCAAUGGCACAAGAAAGGGUGAUCUAAUGCAGACAAGUUGUGGCAGCCCUUGCUACGCCGCCCCAGAACUUGUCGUUAGCGACUCACUGUACACUGGCCGAAAAGUUGACGUCUGGAGUUGCGGUGUAAUUUUGUAUGCCAUGUUGGCAGGCUAUCUUCCAUUCGACGAUGACCCGGCGAACCCUGAAGGCGAUAACAUUAAUCUCUUGUACAAGUACAUCGUCAACACCCCCCUUACCUUCCCCGAAUACGUCACGCCCCAUGCGCGUGAUCUCCUCCGACGAAUUCUCGUCCCCAAUCCGAGAAAGAGAGCGGACCUCUUCGAAGUCGCUCGGCAUAGUUGGCUGAGCGAAUAUGCUCACGUCGUGGAAUUCAUUACGAGUAGUACCACCACGCCAACUCAGAUCCAGAACACGACCGUCCCCUCUGAGGACGCCGCGGAAGCACCUGGCAUUGCACGUAGUGCUUCAGUUCGCGAGUCAUCCAAAACCAAGGCCAGCACGCCUACGUCGGUGGGAGGACUUGCUAGUAAGCAUGCUAAGAUCGACACUGACGCCGAGGCAAUGGCCGCUGCCAAGCAGCAGAGAGACAACAAGCGUCGUACUGUCCAGGUCGAGUAUGUCGCACCGACGACCCAGACUCAAAGAGGAGAGACUUCAACAGGAGGCAAGUCGCGAGCACGCUCAAACAGCCAAGGCCCUGUCGAAGUUGCAGAGGAUCAGGCCCCUGUGCAGGAGAAGCCUCUCCCAAGAGAUCCACCUGUCUCUAGGGACUCAUACAGGGCCAGCAGGCAAGGAACGCGCCCACCAAGCUCCCAUCGGAACACCGCGACGGCACCGACAAGACCAGCUCGUGAUAUCCGGGCAACCUCCGACAACGUGUUUGUAUCUUCAACAUCGAACCCGCCACCCACGGCGAGACCCCAGACAGGAGGGUCAAUGGCUUCAGGCUCAAUGGGAUUGGGAGCUGGCGCUCGUGGAUCGAUUCAACAACCUAAUGCUCAGGACUCGCAAGCCAUGGGCCGGCCUAGCGUCAGCGUGCCGACCAAAUUCGCCCAAGUUUCUGGAUUCCCCGAACAACAAGCCGCCCAAAGCCAAACGCCAUCCCAAUCGAGUGAUGGCAGGGGCCAUGGGCACAAGCGAUCCAACACUAUUGGCGAGCUUGGAUCUAAAUUGCUGGGCCGAAAUGGGUCGAUUUUUGGUGGUAAGAACCGCAACAAGCGACCUGAUUCUCAGAGCGCAGACAAGAAUCGGAAGUAUCCUCCAGUCAGCAUGCCCAACAACAUACCAGUAGAGGGCCAACCCCGUCCUUCAAUUGAUUCUAGGGCAUCACGGCGAUCAUUCUCCCUAGGUCUUGGCAAGAAGCGGAGUGGCAGUAUUGCCGGUUCUCAGACAUCCCACGAGAAGCCGAAUCCGGGCAGACGAUUCUCUCUGAUUCCUCAAGCCUUCUCAUUGAAGGCUAUUGGCCUUGGCAGAGACUAUGACCCUCCACCAUCUGAGCCUCAAUCUCAACCAGAUCUGCCCAUCCAAGAUCCACCUGAAGUCAAUGAGCAAGGUCGAUAUGUGGAUCAGCGGGGUCAGUCUCGUGGCUACGAUGGAGGAUAUGAUCAAGGCUACCGGCAGCCGCCUGGUUCGAACUCAGCCCCUCAAUUACAACGUCAGGGAUGGCAAGAGCAACAGCAAGGCCAGCAGCAGCAGCAGUACAUGGGUCCAAUCGGUCAGCCAAGCGCCAUCCCUGGCCAUAUGCAGCAGGGCGCAGUACUGAACACCGGCUCCGAAUCUUCGUUUGAAAAUACUCAACAGCGGAGGCAGUCUGGUGUUCCUUACCAAGCCGGUGGCUAUCACGAACCCGAAAGCUACACUGGAGGCUCCAGAGGAAAUGGUCGUUCUGGCGUGCUCCAGAAAAAUAAGAGAUUCACGGACGCCUACAACCAAGAGCAGUACCAUGGCCACCAAGGCAGCAGUGGAGCGGCCAAGAGAGUCAUGGACUUCUUCCGGAGGCGUGGUAAGGCGAGAGGUGGCGAAGAAAGAUAG